UUAUAAUUACACUUCAUUAAAAACAAAAUGUAAAUUUAAAAAUAACAUACAUAAACGUAUGUUUAUGUAUACAAAAUUAAAUGGAGAUUUUGAUACGGAGAAUGCCUGCAAGGAUCUUUUAAAUAUCAAACAAUUCCAUACUACAGUAAAUAAUAUGCUUAGUAAUCUUCCACUUUUAGAUACAAACAGCCAUAUAACUAGUAAUUUUAUUCAUAAAUAUUUGCUAGAAAAGUAUAACGAGAAAUUCAUAUUACAGCAAGAAAUAGACAAAUGUUUUAUGAAUUUUAUUUAUGAUCAUCACAUGACAUUCUGUAAAGAAACUAUUAAAAAUGAGAAUGAAAAAUUUGGGUUUCAAGAAUUAUUAAAUCAAACUUUACCUGGGGUAGAGAUAAAAUACAAUGUACAUCCUUAAAAAUGUUAUUUUAAUAGGCACCUUUGGAC